GUGUGUGUAUAACUGUAUGAGUAACAGUAAUAGAAUAAGUCAGCGAAUACGUUAUAGUCUUAUAGUGACAGCUUUAAUACGUUAGCGACUUAGAUUACUGAUGUGGUUUUGAUUGUAACAGUAAACUUAGUAAUAUUCGGUAACGUGUGUGUGUGUGUGUGUGUGUGUGUGUAGGUAAAUCAGCUGGUGUAUAAAUAUUGCAUGAGCAGUGUUAGUAAAAGUUAUAAUUGUAUUGUUCGUAGUUACCAUAAUACCUAACUCAGUAUUAUUGUUUUUUUUUGUGUGUGUGCGCGCGCGCGCGGUGUGUGUGUGUGUGUGUGUGUGUGUGUGUGUGUAGGUAGGUAGGGAGGUCUGUAAAUCAUCUGGCAUCAGUCUCGUAUUCUUGUAACAGUGUUAGUAAUAAGUGUCAAUGCCAGAGUAAUGGUUUAAGAAGAUACUACUGUUGCUGUUUGUUGGUAGACUAACUAACGACAAAAGGAAAGGAAUAAAAGGUAGAGAAGGAAAGACUGAGAAGAGGUAGAGUGGAAGAGUACAAAAAAAAGGCUGAACUUCAGACAGGAAAGGGAAAUUAGACUUAGAGUAACAGCUAACUUGAUGAUCAGAAGUUAGUGUUUGUAAGAAAAAAAUAAGGCGUGCUUAACUUAGCAACAUAGAGACUUUUCUUGUACGGAGAGCUUCAGUACAGAGUCCUCAUUGCUUCGAUAACGUAGAACCAUACUUAAAUAGAAAUCUGAAGUGUAGUCAUAAGGGCUUAGGAACCUUGGGGACAUAACUAUUAUAGAGAUUUUAAGUAUAGAGUUGUUAAUGCUUCGACACACUUGGAUACAUACUAAUAUAGAGAAACCUAAAGUAUUAAGUCAUCCAAUCUUACAUAGAGAUCUUAAGUAUAGAGUUGUCAUUACUUUGAAACUAAAGAUACAUACUUAUAUAUAGAGAGUAAUUAGAUCUUCAUAAACAUAGACAUUCCUUGUAUAGACCAAUUCAUGCUACUGUAAAAAAGGACUCGACUUACAUUACACGAUCUAAAAAAAAAAAAAAAACAUUAGUCUAUUAAUUGUAUUUUCGUGUUUACUCAUUAGCACAUUUCUCAAUUACAGGUAUAUUAAAGUUUAGGUGUAAUUAGAAGGGUUAAAUUAACAGGUGCUGGGGAGAGAGAGAGAGAGAGAGAGAGAGAGAGAGAGAGAGAGAGAGAGAGAGAGAGAGAGAGAGAGAGAGAGAGAGAGAGAGAGAGAGAGAGAGAGAGAGAGAUCAGUUCCGGGAGAGCAAUCGCCUAACAUCCUCCUCCUCCUUCUCCUCCUCCUCCUUCCCCUCUUCCUCCUGGUCCUCCUUCCCCUCCUCCUCUUCCUUCUCGGUCGCACGCCACGCCACGCCCCUUCCUCACUCCUCCUCCUCCUCAGUCCUCCAAAAGCAGAGCGAAUAGAAGGAAGAGCUGUGAGAACGUAAACGGAAAGAAGAAAAAAAGAAGAUAAAGAAAGAGCAACACAGAUAACAAGAGGAAGAGUGUGAGACGGCGAACUUGACACAGGCAAAAAAAUAAAAGAAAAGGAAGGAAAGAACGAACGAAGGAAAGAAAGAAAUGAAAGAAAACUGGAAGAGGACGAAUGUGACAGUGAAGCUGACAUAGAUAUAUUGAAAAUUAAAAGGAACAAAGAAAGAAAGAAAGAAACAGAAAGAAACAAAAAUUGAAAGAGAGCUUGUGAGAGAAAGAAGAAAAAUAAGACAGAUUAAGGAAGAAAGAAAUACAGUAAAAGAAAGAUAAAAAAGGAAGUGAAAAGAUAAGAGACAGGAAAUAAAAUAUAUAUAAAAAAGAAAACAAAUGAGAAAAGGAAAAGAUACAAAGGAAAAGAAAAAACAAAAAUAAGGAAAAAAACGAGAGGAGAAGAAAAAUUGAAACUAAGACAAAAAUAAAUAAAAAAGAAGGAAGGAAAGAAAGAAAGGAAAGUGUGAGACGAGAGAGAAAGAGAGAGAGAGAGAGAGAGAUUAUAAGAAAAAAAAAAACAAGAGUGAAUAAAAGACGAACAUUAAACAGUGAGUGUGAAAAGAAAGAAAAAGAAAAAGAUAAUAUGAUAUAAGAAAGAAAAUGUAGAGGAAAAACUGACUAUGUACAUUAUAUAACUAAGUGAGUAAAUGGAAUAAAGACAAAGGAAUAAUUAAGGAAGAGACAAACGCCGAUAAAACUUGACAUAGACAUAAAAAGAUACACUAAAAGGAAAAAAAGAGACAAAAACAGAUAGAAAAAAAAUAAAGAAUAUGUGAAAGAGUUAGAAAAUAAGAAAGACUGACCGAUAAAAAAGCAGAAAAAGAAGAAAAACAAGAAAAAUUGAAAGAGCAUGUGAAAGAAAAGAGCAAGACUGACAUAGAAGAAAAGAAAAAAAAGAAGACAGCAGAAGAGGAAGAAAGAAAGAAAGAAACAAGAAGGAGAGAGAGAGAGAGAGCAGAUUAGAAAGUGGGACAGCAAAGAUAGCAAGGCACAAUGUUCCUUAGUGUUCUCCUCCUGUCCUCCGCCGCCCUACAUAUAGUUGCGGGCGUCGGGGAGUCGGUCGGCGGCCUCCACUGGUACCUUCAGGAGGCGCUUCAGGCCAGCCACGCCCCUCCCGCCGCCGCCUCGCCCUCCCCCUCCGCCACCUCGGCAGCGCUCUGGCGGUUCAAGAGCUUCUCCUGCACCACGCGGAGGGAUGGCGUCUACCCGGAACUUGCCUCCAGCUGCUCCUACUACUACAGGUGUCUGGAGGGCGCCGUGUUCUCGUACGUGUGUCCCCCGGGCGAGGCCUUCCACUACCCCAGCGAGGAGUGCCGGCCCGCGGGGGAGGUGACGUGCCCCCCUCUGCCCCCCGCCUCGCCCCCAUGCCUCAACCAGAGCGACGGCUACUACCCGGACUACACACAGGACUGCAAGGGAUACUACAGGUGCACCAACGGGUCUCUUAGCGACGGCUGGCAGUGUGAGGGGGACGCCGUGUGGGACUCCUCCACCGGAUCCUGCGGCACGGGUCCCCUGCUGGUGUGCUCCCCGCCAUCCUGCUGGGGACUACCUGACGGCCCCCACCCUGCACCUGCCUCCUCCUGCAAUGCCUACUUCACCUGCUCCGGCGGCGUCAGGACCGAUCAUGUGUGUCCUUAUAACUCUAUAUUCGACUACUCGCUCAAGCGCUGUGUGCCCGGCAAGUCCUCGGUGUGCUACGAGCAGGCGUGUGAAGGCCGGCUGAACGGGCUGCACGCCGUCCCGCACGCGCCCUGCAACUCCUUCUUUCGCUGCUUCAACGGGGCGCUCGUCAGGGUGGAGGAGUGUCCCAAGCACCAGAUCUUCGACGGGCGGCGCUGCGUGGCGGAGCGGAACUUCUCAUGCUGGAGCGAAGGCCGCGGCACGUGUGAGGGGCUCGAAGACGGGUUCCAUGUAUCCUCGGACUCUGGGUGCCGCGGGUUCUAUCUCUGCCACCAAAGCCAGUUCAUCCGCGCCUACAAGUGCUCCCCGGGGCUCGUGUUCAACGGAAAGGAGUGCGUGGACGACAGAAACUAUAUCUGCAACGUGCGGUCCCGCCUCCCGGACUGCUCCACCAAGCUCGACGGUUACUACACUGGGGAGAAGUCAGGCUGCAGGACGUUCUUCUAUUGCCGCGGCGGGAGUCAGCUCAGCGAACACACGUGCCCCGGGGAUAACGUGUUCAACGGCGAGCAAUGCGUCGAUCCCUCACUGUUCCGCUGCCCCGCCCUCUUGGAGGAAAACCAGCAACCCGGGAACCUCACCAACAACGUCGUGAGGUCUCGCCGUUCCACGGACCUCGACUGUGGCUCAAGGGACGACGGGUUCUACUUCGAUGAAACUUCGAAGUGUCGGCGGUUCUUUCACUGUCGCGACGGAAGGAGAGACUCAAACGGCACAUGCCCUCAGACCCAAGUGUUCAAUGGCCUGCAGUGCGUCCCGGAGGAGGAGUUCGAGUGCCCGGCGACUCAUGAAGACUGUGAAGGAAGAGAAGAUGGGUUUUACUUCGAUAAGACUUCGACUUGUCGGCGAUUCUAUCAAUGUGUCAACGGACGAAGGGACUCAAGCGGCACAUGUCCUCAUAACCAAGUUUUCAAUGGCCUCCGCUGCGUGUCUGAAGAAGACUACGAAUGUCCAGUCACUCCUAAAGCUGAAGAAUGCAAACUUGGAGGGAAUGGGGUGUUUCAGGACCUAAUGGACGGCUGCAGAUCUUACUUUCAGUGCCUCAAUGGAGUGAAGACCCUUUUCUGGUGCCCUGAAGGAGAACUACACGACGGUCAAGCCUGCAGACCGGCCCAUGAAAUCAGCUGUCCGCCGUUCAGCCUCUGUGCCUCCCGUCCUGAUGGCCACUUUGCCGAUACGAACCGAGCCUGUCAGGGUUACUUCGAGUGCAUGGGCGGAGCGGUGGCUAGGUACGGGUCGUGUGGGCCAGGCGAGGUGCACAAUGGCAGGGCGUGUGUGCCAAGGCUGUUUUUCUCGUGUCCUGGCAGUGAUUCAGGAGCGGUGCAGUAUUUGGAGAGAACAGACACACAGAAUGACCUAGAGACCCAUGAAUACAUCUUAGAAGUUGAAAAAUCUAAGGUAUUGUCAUUUCUCGUUUCUCUGAUUGGGAAGAUUCAUCCCCCGAGUGACUCAACGCCUUCACGAUAUCUGGAAGGUAACAAACAAACACAUAACUUAGAAACAUCUCCGUCCACCCGCCUGACUGGAAACGUCAACAUGCUGAACAUUCUUGGCCCUCUGACCGCCCUGAAGCCUCCCUCGAGUGAACCAUCGGCUACACGGUAUUCUCAAGGGCAAGGGGAGACACAGAAUGAACCGAAGAGGCUCAACUCCAUCCACCAAACGGAGCAGUCAACGGGACGCUCUUCGGAAGGGCGAGGACACACACAGGAAGGGUCGGAGGCUCCUCCGUCCACCCAGCAGGCAGAGGAAACAAGGCCGCUGAGCUCUCUUGUCCCUGCACCCAGUGAUGACCAGGAAGGUACCUCACUCACACUCUCUUUGUAGGAACACACUCUUACGGGCAUA